AUGAACAGACAUGAGCGAGUCUUUGUUUUCUUGACCGGACUCUGGCUCCUCCCACUCCCCGGCUCCUCCCACUCCUCGGCUCCUCCCACUCCCCGGCUCCUCCCACUCCCCGGCUCCUCCCACUCCUCGGCUCCUCCCACUCCCCGGCUCCUCCCACUCCCCGGCUCCUCCCACUCAUCGGCUCCUCCCACUCCCCGGCUCCUCCCACUCCUCGGCUCCUCCCACUCCCCGGCUCCUCCCACUCCUCGGCUCCUCCCACUCCCCGGCUCCUCCCACUCCCUGACUCCUCCCACUCCCCGGCUCCUCCCACUCCCCGGCUCCUCCCACUCCCCGACUCCUCCCACUCCUCGGCUCCUCCCACUCCUCGGCUCCUCCCACUCCUCGGCUCCUCCCACUCCCCGGCUCCUCCCACUCCCUGACUCCUCCCACUCCCCGGCUCCUCCCACUCCCCGGCUCCUCCCACUCCCUGACUCCUCCCACUCCUCGGCUCCUCCCACUCCCCGGCUCCUCCCACUCAUCGGCUCCUCCCACUCCUCGGCUCCUCCCACUCCCUGGCUCCUCCCACUCCCUGACUCCUCCCACUCCUCGACUCCUCCCACUCCUCGGCUCCUCCCACUCCCCGGCUCCUCCCACUCCCCGGCUCCUCCCACUCCCCGGCUCCUCCCACUCAUCGGCUCCUCCCACUCCUCGGCUCCUCCCACUCCCUGA